AUGUAAAACCUAUCAAUUUAUACCUUUAGCAACAUUUUCAAGUUUCUUUAAGUAGAAGAAAUCUAUUCUAAAUUGACACUCUCAAACUUUUUUAUGUAAAUAUAUUUAAAACUCAUUUAAUAGUAAUUUGUUAUACAAUCCUUAGUUCUAAAAAGUGAUUCUAUCCAAUUAUUAUCCUAAUGAAAUAUUACAAAAAAUUGAUCCCCAACAUUAUUUUAGUUGCAUAAAGUCUUUAAAAGGUAUUAAAGUUAAAGAAAUACCAUUUUGGGGAAUUCAAACAAACGCAGGAUUGGCUUAUAAUAGUUUAAGAUUUUGGAUUGGAAAAACUUUCAUGAAAACAAAUAGUCCUUAAGUGGGUCUAACAAAAUUAGAAAAUGCUUUUAUUUCAGGAACUCUUGCUUAAAAUCAAGUAGAUUUCAAGAAUGCAUUGAUAGAUUAUUGUUAAAAUUUUAUUGAUCUUUUGGGAUUAGAAAUUGCUUCUCAUUAUUUCAAUAAUGGGGAUCAAAUUUUAGAAAAUAAAUGGGAUAUUUAAAAAAUAAAAAUAUUUGAUAUUUUCAGAAGCUUCUAAAUCUUACUCAUUUAUAACGAUGCUGAAGAUUGGGAAUGUAUCUAAUAUUUGAGAAAUUAUGCUUAAUAAAAACAUGAAUAAAUAUAUAAUAUGUUGGAUAUUGAUCAUUUCAAUCUGAAAGAUGAUGAUCAUACAAUGUAAAAUAAUAAUCAUAUGUAGUAUUCCAGAAGCCAUAUCAUUAGUAUAGGAAAUAGAAAUAAAUAGGAGAACAUAAUUUUCUUAUAUAAUUAAAACAAUUCUAAUCUUUACUAGUGAAUAAUAAUAUAUUCCAAAUUAGGUUGAAGAAAUUUAUAAUUGUUAGACUAAAGAGAAGCUAUUAUAAUUUAUUUAAAAUAAUCCUUAAUUCAUUCCUUAACAAACAAACAUUAAUAUUUUAUAGAAUCUACAUCCUUCAAUCGUUUAUGAAACUAAAGACUUAUAAGAUUAUUUGUAUUGCACAUUUAAACCAACAGAAUAAAAGCAACCUUUGAUAUGGGUAUAAUUUGUAAAUCCAAAUGCAGAUUAAAUAAAUUUAAAAUUUAAUUAAUAAACAUAAAGAUUAGCUAAAUCAAUUUAGUUGAGAAUAUUAGAUGUAUGUUUUUAAUAAAAUGCAGAAUUUCAAGGACUAAGUUUAGCAUACAUUAGUUUAAAGGGAAUGACUUUUCAUCAAGCUGAUUGGACAAAUAUUUAAGAACUUCCAAAUUGA